GGGCGACGCCUUACACCGUAUCUGCAGAUGAACUCUGAGCCUUUUCCUUUCUAGCGGCAGCAGAACCAACAUCAAACGUUUACCGGCUCUUUAACGGAAGUCAACGGAUAUUAAGAUUGGGCAGAGCGUGGACAUUGUAAAUUUUUUUCUAAAGUAAAGAAAUUAAACUGUUUGGAUAUGGGUUACGGAUCCAAGGACGACCCAGAAAACCCAGCCUCUGAGGAUGAGACUGAAGCCGAGGCUGAGAAGAAGAGGUUGAAGACCCCCGAAGGUGAGGAGAUGGAGUUGCAGAAGAUCCCCGUAAAGACCAAGGAUGCCUCUUACCCGGAAAUGAUCGCGGGACAAAGCGAUCCCCUCAUUAAAUCCCAUCACCUGAAGUAUUUGCUUCUAGGGUUUAACCUGUUUUUGGCGCUGCUGGGCCUCGUCCUGCUGUCCAUCUCCAUCUGGAUCCGAGCGGACCCGGAGUUCUGGCAGUACGAGAACACCCUGAGAGUAGACAACUUCGAAGCUGUGUGUGUCAUGUUCAUCAUCGCCUCCUUCAUCGUGUUCGUCGUCGGCUUUCUGGGGUGCUUCGGUGCAGCCACUGAGAGACGAUGGCUGCUCAUCACUUACAUGGCUGUGUUUGCCAUUGUUUUCCUUGUUCAACUGGCAGCUUUAGUCAUCAUGUGGAGUGCUCCUUACAGUAAAACGAUCACGAAGGAAUUGGAAAAACAAAUCCAGGAGCAAAUAGAUGCAAGAUACGCCGAUGAUUCUUCCAGAAAAUUCGUGGAUUUCGUUCAGAGUCAUCUGGAAUGCUGCGGCUCUACAAGCCAGUUGGACUACAAAGGAGAUUAUCUCCCCAAUUCGUGUAAAGACGAAAAUACUGGAAAUGUUUUCCCUGCAGGCUGUUCUUCAAAAAUGUUGGCAUAUCUUCGUAGCAAAGCUGGUAUUGUGGGAGGCAUAGCUUUGCCGAUUCUUCUCAUUCAGCUCCUUGCUCUCUUGGCUUCAGGAUGCCUCAUCAAAAGCUUGGAAGCAGAAUCGCGUUAUUUCAUCUAAGACGUAGCAUUUCAAGAAAAGACGAAUUUCAGUGAUUAGAUAUAUGACCCGCUUUUCAAAGAAGUCACGCUGAGACGAAAGAGUGUGUAACUGUUUGAGAGUUAUAUUUUAGUUAAACAAAUGUUUUUAGAGAAAACCGUUUUUCAUUUUUUAGUUAUGAAAUAAAUUUCUGUGUAAGAACUUUCUUUUGUGCUUGAGAUAAUUAAUGUCUUAUUUCCUAAUAAAUUUAUUAAAAAUGUAUAAAAUAAUUAACGUGAUAUACAUAUAUAUGCUCUCUACAUGCAUCUAUGUUUCUAUUUAAAAAUUAAUAAUACUUUUAAUGAAGUUUUUAUAUUUUAUCAAAUACCGAUUUUGCAUAUAAACAGAUUUUUAAACAAGAAUGUUUUUUUGCUUAUUUUAAUAAAAUGCUAUACUUUUACUAACAAACUUUAUAAAACAUUGAGUUAUGAAAUACAUCAUGUUCUUCAAAUAAAUUUAUCUAUUGAUAAUUUUAUAUUCAUUGCGUUAUAAGCAUAUAAUAUCUUUAAAUGUUUUAAAAUCCUAUAUAUGUGAAAGGUCUUCAUUCAUUAUAGUUAACAUGCAAGUAUUUACAGAGUUUGAACUUUUAGGCAAAAUGAUGUAUGUCAUUGAAAAGGAAUUUAUUUUGUUAUUUACUUCUUGUUUGAAAUAAAAAUAUAUAUACAUCAAUUGAA